UCGAAGAGGCCGAGCCCCUUCGACCCCCACUUCUACCUCGCGUAGCUCUCCGGUGGCACCGCCCCGUCACAAUUUUCAUGGGAACUCGUGUCUCAUGUUUGAUUAGGGGUAUCGUAGGUGUGGCCCCUAGGGAGACAAGAGCAAGUAGGACAUUCAGCUUCCUUACAGCUACCAUCCCUCGCUCGAUAAGCCCUCAAUCUACUAUUGGUUCUCCUAUCCAUAACUAUUCCCGCACUAACCGUCUCUCGCUCCGUCCGGAGAGAUAUUCACAAGCAUAA